GGGUUGUUUGAAAGCACAGCAGAAUCGAGAACCGUAUGUGCUGUAUGGUUAACGACCCAAGCCAUAAAAAGCAAAAAGUUUCAGGAUCUGUCUAAGAGCUUCCCUGUCUGAAAGACAUUGGAGACCUGCUUGUUGGUCACCGAUGUCAAAAUGCCGGUAACAAAUGGAGGAGACCCUCAUCGGCGAGAGGUGGUUCGUUUUGCAGUGCUUUGCAGAGCUGUAACAAUUGUUCUCCAGGUCCUUUUCAACCUUCUGAUCCCAGAUCACGCUGCAGAUGCCUUCUCUCCACCCCGUUUGUCUGAGCCUGGGUUCUGUGACUGGCUUGUGGAAUGUCUGCUGGGUGGCCUGUCACGUUGGGACGCAGAGCAUUUUCUUUUCAUUGCCGAGCACGGCUACGUGUAUGAGCACAACUGUGCCUUCUUCCCCCUCUUUCCUUUGAGUCUGCGAGCUGUGGCAGGCACGGUGCUGUGGCCCCUCGGGGAUGUUCUCUGUUUCCGAAGCCGCCUGCUCCUUUCCGCAGUCCUCUUAAACACCCUCUUCUCCGUCCUGGCCGCAUGGAUUCUGUACGAACUGGGCUGUGUUGUGCUGCAGUGUCGCAGGCAGGCCUUCCUGUCAGCCAGCCUCUUCUGCAUCACCCCUGCCAAUGUCUUCAUGGCCGCUGCCUAUUCAGAAAGCAUGUUUGCCCUCCUGGCAUUUGGUGCAAUGUGGCAGCUAGAGAAAGGGUGCUUCUGGAGGAGCAGCCUCCUUUUUUCACUAGCCAGUGGAGUGCGUUCCAAUGGUGUGAUCAAUGCUGGGUUCCUCGUUUAUGCCAAGAUGAAACGCUUUGCCUCUCAGCUCCAGGCGGGGAACGGAAUUGAGCUGUUGCUGAUCUUAGGUCAACUUCCAGUCUUGUUGCUGUCUCUGCUAGUGAUGUGUGGCUCCGUUUUCCUGCCUUUUGUUUUGUUUCAGUUCUACGCCUACUUCUGGUUCUGCAGCACCAACGUUGGCUCUGAAUAUGCUGUGCCCAGGCCACUGCUGCAGCUAGCUGUGGAUAUGGGAUACCGCUUGGCCUUUGGGGAUGGUGCAAAACCCCCGUGGUGCUCUUGGGAUUAUCCGAUGGUCUAUUCUUACAUUCAGGAUGCUUACUGGAAUGUGGGCCUGCUCCGGUAUUAUGAACUCAGACAGAUCCCCAAUUUCCUACUGGCUGCCCCUGCUAUCAUGCUGGGCUCUUGGGCAGCCUGGUGCUAUGUGGCUGCAAAUCCCUGGCACUGCCUGACUCUUGGUCUGGCCAGGAGGGAGACGGGAAGAGUGAUGGCAGAAGACUCAGCAAAGCCUGCCUCCGGAUUUUGCUCUCCGGGUGUAUUUGUUUAUGUUGUCCAUGCUACGGCUCUGUUGGUGUUUGGGAUGUUUUGCAUGCAUGUACAGGUUCUUACCAGAUUUUUGGGCUCUUCCUCUCCAGUCCUUUAUUGGUUUUCUGCCCAUUUGCUUCAUACCCACGAACCUUUGUUGCAGUUCAGGGACCCAUCCACGUCACAUGCAGCACCCCAUUUGAGAAGCUCUUUUCCUGCCAGGAACAAAAAUGAAAACCCUGUGCUAAGACUACUGAAGAACUGGAGGCAGAGCACCACUCUUACCCAGUGGCUUCUGGGAUAUGCUUUUUCCUAUUGGUUGCUGGGGCUGGCGCUUCACUGUAACUUCUUUCCCUGGACAUGAGCAUGUGACUUGCCAGCUAGCUUGACCAUAAGUGUACAUCUUUCACCUUGGCACUGUUCUGGACCUGAGUGAUGUCUGAUGUCUUUUUAUGAAGCAUUAUUCCUUUGUGAUGCAUCAAAACAAGUCCCCAGUGGAUAUAGAUUGGGUAUACCUCAUCACCAUUAUAUGACUCCAGUCUUAGCGGGAAAGUCCUUGGAUGACAGCUUUUGCAGAAUAUAAAAAUAGUACACAAAAACUGUCAAAUGUAAAAAGGGUGGGGGUGCUUUCACCCAGAGAUUUUUCCCCUGCAUGCCCCCACAUUUUUGGGAAGCUACCACGUGACAUCUCAUUCCAAGCAUGACUCUUGGGCUUCCUGGAGCUACCCUGUUUAUACCAGAUCAAAGGGAAUCUCCUUUGAUCUGAACUUCCAUGCAGAGCUCUGCUUACAGCCUGUCCAGGAAGGGUACUCAGCUAAGUGCCACUUUUUGUUCCCACCUCUCAGCCCUUUAAAAAUUUCUUUUCACACCUGAGCAGUGGUGAUUCAAAUACCAUAGCUCAACUACUCUGCUCACUGCAGAGUGGUGAUGACUUUUUGCACCUCUGUGUGAAAGCAGCCAUAGAUUUCUGUGGGAAAAAAAACCAGUAAAACAUUUGCUUGGUCUAAUAAGUACAGUGAGCUCAUCUCCAACACUCCAUCACACUCGGCUGGGAUCAAGAGAACUCCAUAUUGACCAAUGGUGUGCUGAUAAAGAGCUGUGACAGUAGGAAUAGGUUUGAUUUUCAAGGCUUAGGGUGAACUGGGUUAACUCCCUUGCCAAAGGUGCCCCAGAGUGUUUCUCUUAUAUAUACAUGGUGGAUUGCUGUUGACUCCUAUGGGAAAAGAUUCUUGGUGAUACCGUUUGCAGUAAUGGCAAAAUCUACCCACCUGUGUCCAUGGACAGUUGGUGUCACUAACUGGAAUGCUACAGAGUGUGCAGAGUGCAUGCCCGCUCAGAGCAUGUAGAGACCUGCAUUCUCGCCUGUGCAAGGGGGAUCAUUACCACAUACAAGUUUUCUUUGCUGCCAUGGAUCCCAAGAGCCAUUUUGCUGGAAGUUAAAUACAAGACACUGCAAUUCUGCUCCUUUGUGAGCAUGCCAAGCAGACCAUCUGACUGAAUAGAACUCCGAUAAUUAAUCAAUACUCAGAAGUCAAAGUCAUGUGUCCAUCUUUUGACCAUGUCUGUAACUGUUUUGCUAAUGGGGCAAGGCAUUUUUCUUUUGCCUUCUGUAAGGGGGUAUUCUAUACAGAUCCUGUUUUCAAAAUGUGAACUUUUUUUUUUUUUGCUUUGAAGGGAUAAUGCUUUGUUACAUUUCACCUAAAAUAGUCAUUUUUAUGAGGGCAACACAUAAAUACUUGCUUAUCUUGAGUUACAUUCAAAACAGUUGUUUAGUAUUGUUCCAUGGUAAAAGAAUACAGUAUCUUAAAGAAGAUCCAAGUGAUAGAUUUAUAUUGCAUAUUCUACGUGUUAAUAUCAAUAAACCUUUUGUUUUAUCUUCCAUAGUAGUGUUUGAAUAAAAUUACCUUCAUUAAUCUUUACACAGUUUAUAUACAAUUGUAUUUUAAUCUGGUCCAGCCUUUCAAGUUUAAAUUUGUCAUCUGUUCAGCAAUUAAAGAUCUAAUUUUUUACCUGGAUUCAU